GCCUGUGUACCAAGCGAAGGAGGGGCUGGUAGUAGUGGGGGAUUUAGGAAAUUCGCAUUACGGCGAAAGCCAUCCCGAAAGUCAGUCCACUUCGCCACGUUGUCCCGGGCCCGUUCAUAAUCUGCGGGACUAGUUGACGAGGCGGAGGGUUACAGCGGCUGUCGCUGUUGCGCGGCGGUGCUGCGGGCGCCACUCAGCAGUGCACAGUCGAGCUGCGCGGCGCAAAGUUUCCGAGGAGUUUCGAGCUUUUUUUGCUUGUUGUUUUUCUUCUGAGGAGUUUCACCGUUUGUUGCUUUACUGCCUGGAAGACGCCAGGGUCACCCUCAGGUCUAUCAUCAUGUCUUCCAUCCUUCCUUUCACUCCUCCAAUCGUGAAACGCCUGCUGGGCUGGAAAAAGGGAGAACAGAACGGCCAGGAGGAAAAGUGGAGCGAGAAAGCGGUCAAGAGCCUGGUGAAAAAGCUCAAGAAGACGGGCCAGCUGGACGAGUUAGAACGGGCCAUCACGACGCAGAGUCGGGACACAAAGUGCAUUACCAUCCCAAGGUCACUCGAUGGUCGCCUGCAGGUGUCUCACCGGAAGGGUCUGCCCCAUGUUAUCUACUGUCGGCUCUGGCGCUGGCCAGACCUGCAUAGCCACCAUGAGCUGCGUGCUGUUGAGCUCUGUGAAUUUGCCUUUCAUAUGAAGAAAGAUGAGGUGUGCGUUAAUCCCUACCAUUACCAGCGUGUUGAGACUCCAGUAUUACCACCUGUGCUUGUCCCCCGGCAUACUGAGAUACCAACAGAAUAUCCGCACCUGGAUGAUUACAGCCAUUCUAUUCCAGAAAACACCAACUUUCCAGCAGGAAUUGAGCCACUAAGCAACUACAUUCCAGAAACUCCCCCACCAGGAUACUUAAGUGAAGAUGGAGAGACGAGUGACCAUCCUAUGAAUCACAGCGUUGAUGCAGGUUCACCUAAUUUGUCACCCAAUCCAGUAUCUCCUGCACAUAGCAAUUUAGAUUUGCAGCCCGUUACUUACUGCGAGCCAGCCUUCUGGUGUGCUAUCUCCUAUUAUGAACUCAACCAACGGGUGGGAGAGACUUUCCAUGCAUCCCAGCCUUUACUGACUGUGGAUGGCUUCACAGACCCAUCUAGUUCUGAGCGCUUCUGCCUGGGCUUGUUAUCCAAUGUUAACAGGAAUUCAGCUGUUGAGCUUACAAGACGACACAUUGGCCGUGGAGUGCGAUUGUAUUACAUUGGAGGAGAGGUAUUUGCAGAGUGUUUGAGUGACAGUGCUAUUUUUGUCCAGAGUCCCAACUGCAAUCAGCGUUAUGGAUGGCAUCCAGCCACAGUCUGCAAGAUCCCUCCAGGUUGUAACCUGAAAAUAUUCAACAACCAGGAGUUUGCUGCCCUACUAGCACAGUCGGUGAACCAGGGUUUUGAGGCUGUGUACCAGCUGACCAGAAUGUGUACCAUACGAAUGAGCUUUGUUAAGGGAUGGGGAGCAGAAUACAGAAGGCAGACUGUGACCAGCACUCCCUGCUGGAUUGAGCUGCAUCUGAAUGGGCCACUCCAGUGGCUGGAUAAAGUCCUCACUCAAAUGGGAUCACCGACUAUCCACUGCUCUAGUGUCUCGUAGAGCACUUGUGAACUCAAUUAUCCACAAAAGGAAACCAAGGUCUAUCCAGAUACUCGGCUGCUUUGAGAAGGACUUUGUUGCUGUAUGUUUCUGGGUAGUCCAAACACAACUGACAGCACUUUCAGUGGCAGCAGCCAAUUUCAUUGGUCAAUAUCAAUGUAUCUGCCUUUGGCAGACCCCCCCCCCCCAACAAUUCAACUUGUAGCAGCUGCGAGUUGAAAAAUUUUUAUACAUAAAAGUCUCAACCAACUAAAAGCUGGAACCAAUAUAUAAAGUUGGAGACAAAACUAUGCUGGAAGGGCAGCAAAGCCAUUAAGUCAGAGGUACUGCUGGCAGGACUGAUGCCGAUGGAUACGUCUCUAGGCCUCCCUUCUCCAGUAUUUGCCCACAGUCUGGAAUCACAUGGACAGGAGUGCAAUAGUUCAGACUGUGAAUAUGGUGUGCUGAGCACAAGUAGAUUUUGCUUUUGUAUAAAUGCCAUCACCCUUAUUCUCCCCCUAUGUGGACAGGAGCCUCUAAUAGAAGAUGGGGGAGAAAGGGGUUGGGCCCUACUCAAGCCCUUAAACUGGAAACUGACAUUAAAAUACUACAGUGGCAGCUUUAAAUCUUGGACAGUGAUUACAUCUUCUCUUCAAUACAUUUUAUAUUGCACCUUUCACGGUAAUACAGCAUUGCAGCUUAAUGCCCUUCCCCCUAAUGUGGAGCAGAUGGUGAUUAGGUAAUGCAUUACAUAUAAAUAAAGAACGACUCUUGGGCAAGAGGACCCUUUGGAGCAAUGCUGGAGGCCAUCUGCUCUAUUAAAGCUAUUUUCUACUAAACGCUAAGAGUCACUUUCUCUUGUCUUUGUACUAUGUUUGUCCUAAUAAACUUUUUAUCUGAAAUGUAAA